UUUCCUCUUCUUUCUUCCGCUUUCUUGCCGUCCUUUGCGUCUUCUUUCUUUCUAUUUCCCUGUCUUCUUUCUUUCUAUUUCCCUGUUCUUCUUCUCCGAUCGGUCGGCGGCGAUGGCAGGAGCGAGGGAGGAGAACGUGUACAUGGCGAAGCUUGCCGAGCAGGCGGAGCGGUACGAGGAGAUGGUGGAGUUCAUGGAGAAGGUGACUUCGGCGGCUGUGGAGGGAGAGGAGCUCACCGUGGAGGAGCGUAAUCUCCUCUCGGUGGCCUACAAGAACGUCAUCGGCGCCCGCCGGGCCUCGUGGCGGAUCGUGUCGUCGAUCGAGCAGAAGGAGGAGAGCCGCGGCAACGAGGACCACGUCGCGGCCAUCCGCGACUACCGUGCCAAGAUCGAGGCCGAGCUCACUAACAUAUGCGCUGGGAUUCUCAAGCUUUUGGACGCAAGCCUUAUCCCCUCCGCCUCCUCCGCCGAGUCCAAGGUGUUCUACCACAAGAUGAAGGGCGACUACCACCGCUACCUCGCCGAGUUCAAGACCGGCUCCGAAAGGAAGGACGCCGCGGAGAGUACUCUCGCUGCCUACAAGUCUGCCCAGGAUAUUGCGGUGGCGGAGCUGGCACCGACGCACCCGAUCCGGUUGGGGCUGUCCCUCAACUUCUCGGUGUUUUACUACGAGAUCUUGAACUCGCCGGACCGGGCAUGCACUCUCGCGAAGCAGGCAUUUGAUGAAGCAAUUGCAGAGCUGGAUACGCUUGGUGAGGAAUCGUACAAAGAUAGCACCCUGAUCAUGCAGCUCCUCCGAGAUAAUCUUACCUUGUGGACUUCAGACAUGCAGGAUGAUGGGGCAGAUGAGAUCAAAGAAGCACCCAAGCAUGAGGAUGAACAGCAGUAGCUGCUAUUAUAUUGGUUCCUCAUAGCCGAUCAGGGGUCCUGCUGAUUUGCGCCACUAGAGAUAGAUAAUUUCCUGUUCUCAGCCGGCCGCAUGAUGUCUUGGCAUUCCUUUUCUCACCUGUCUACUGCCCCGUGAAAGUUUCAAGAAGCAUUCUGUUUGUGUUUUGGGUUUUUCUUUCUUUGUUUUUCCUUUUAUAUUUAAUCUUUUUAUUUUACCUGCUCCUUUUAUCAUUAUUAGGUGUGCUGCUGUUGUGCUUGAAUUUGAAAAUGCCAGACUCUGAUAUCCUUGCCGUCAAAGUCCCCCUUUUUUAUGGCGUACAAUGACUUUCCUGGAUGAUAUGUAAUGACAGGCUUCAUCUCAUGUUAUUUAAAGAAGUAGCUUAUAUACAAUUAUGUGCUGGCUUUUGCUA